AUCCUCCGCUUUGACAGAUCGCAUGGGGCAUCAGGUAGGAUCCACGCUGGAUUAUGAUAUUGCAAUAAUACAACUUUAUAUGGGUUUAUACCUGCGCAUAUACACUUUAUUUCUUAAAACACAAUAGUUUUGGUUCUUGUUGGACAGUUAAAAAAUCCAGGAACUUAAUUUAGAUUGGAUUUAUUACUAAGUAUGGAUGGACCUUGGUAAUAAAUGGCAAUUAAUGUGUACAAUAUACCAGUAAACAUCUAAGUUUGUUUUAAAAACAUGCACGGAUUUUCGCGUAAUGCCGUUUUGCGCACUAUAAAUGAACGCAUAUCUGAACCCAUUUUGUUUAAUAUGUGACCAAAACUGACUCGAAGAUGAUCCUGAGAAAGCUGUUUCGUGCCCUGCCCGUCGUUGCUUUUACUCUUUUCGUUCUGGUUUUGUUGAAUUUGCAACUGCGCACCCGGAGUGACCAGCAGCCCGGCGCGCUUCUUGCGCACGGACUGAUACGGAGUCAUGCGCAGACUUCAUCCAGGACCACAGACAGAAAUCACCACAGGGAUGCUGCCACAGAAACCCAAAAGCCAGAUGCACAAAGCCGGGUAGAGACAAAGCCAAAGUCACCACUGGUGCUCAGUGAUAUCUUCAUUGCAGUGAAAACCACAGGCAGGUUCCACAAAAGUCGCCUUGCUCUGCUGUUGGAGACCUGGAUCUCCCAGACUAAAGACCAAACGUACAUUUUUACGGAUAGCUCAGAUGACGACAUUUCCGCUGAAGGAUUCAACGUAAUCGUCACCAACUGCCCGCCAGAACACACUCACCAAGCUCUCUCCUGCAAGAUGGCCGCUGAAUACGACCACUUUAUGGCCUCCAGCAAAAAGUGGUUGUGUCAUGUGGAUGAUGACAAUUAUCUGAAUCCUGGCGCUCUCUUGUCCCUCCUCUCGGCCUUCCCUGAAGAAAGCGACAUCUAUGUGGGCAAGCCGAGCCUGGAUCGACCGAUGAAAGCGCAGGAGCUCCUGGAAGGGAAUAAGACGAGGGAAGUCCAUUUCUGGUUCGGUACAGGAGGGGCGGGGUUUUGUCUGAGCAGAAAGUUGGCUGAGAGGAUGGCACCCUGGGCAAGUGGUCCUAGGUUCGAGCAGACCUCUGCACUUAUAAUGCUGCCUGAUGAUUGUACAGUGGGCUUUAUAGUUGAAAAACGUCUUGGUAUCUCUAUGGUCCACAGCAACAUGUUUCACUCUCACCUGGAAAACCUUCUUCUGCUUGCCGCCAGUGAAAUCCCAAAACAGGUCACUUUAAGUUACGGAUGGUUUGAAAAUAAAAUGAACAGCGUUGAACUCAGAGGAGUAUUUACCAAAGAUGAAGAUCCGUCCAGGUUCAGAACAGUCCACUGUCUUUUGUACCCAACAACAAAUUGGUGUCCGGUUGCUCUUAAAAGCGCCCUGGCGUGGAAUCAAAAGGUUCUCCCAUGAUGCAGUGGUCUGAAUGGACUGCAGUCAUGUCAUUUUGUGAAGAUAUUCCUGUUUUCGUGGAAAGUGAAGCCGAAUGAUAAUGUUUGCCUCCCACGAUUUUGCACAUUCAGUAAAAUCUCAUCCACCCAUCUCAGAUCUUGAGCAGAUCUUUGUGAAUUUUUAAAGACUUCGGCUUUUGAAGAUACAUGACUUCAGAGCAAAGCUGACUCAUAAAAGUGCACAUGCACAGAUUAAAUAUACCUGAAGUUUAUACUUCUUCGAGGUAAAGGACUAUGGACUGAACCAUUCUGUUUAGGAUAUCAAUAUCUGCUGCUGAUAGUGAAAUAAGGAUGUGCCGAAAGUCUUCUUGGGUAUAGGGAACCUCAAGAAACCUUAAGUUGAACUGAGCCAUUAUUGUAAAUGAUACAAUAUUUUCACAGUAUUUCUAAUCUCCAAGUGUAACUUCUGUCUACACAUUGCACAUUAAGAGUAUUAGCUUGAUACAGUAUUAAAUAGGCCUAUAUGUGUAAGUAUCUCAUGUGUCAAUCCCAUGUCAAUGCACUGAAUAUUUGUUUUGAAGUAAACAAAAGACUGCUGUAUUAUAUAAAUCCAAUGUUUAUAUUAGUUUGCUUUAUAUAUCUAUACCAUUUAUAACCAUCAUUUCAGUGCUUUAUUUUAAGUUGCCAAAUUUUUGUGGUAAAAUAAAUAAACACAUUUAUUUUAUUUUUAAAACAACAACAACUUUAAUCUAAGUUUGUCCAUAUAAUAUAAUUUUUAUAUUAUCCAACAAUAACAAUUAAAAUUUUCAGAACAAAAAAAUGUGCUUAUCCCACUGGCAGAUUUUUUUUGCUUGUUUUAUGCACAAAAUCAUUUUUUUUAAAGAGCAAAAUGACCUAAGAAAAUAAAUCUCGUUUUAGACA